CAUUUUUAAAAACACUUUUCUAGUAAGAAGAAUCCACCUCCCCCACUAGGAAUGUUUUAUCUGGGGCAGGUUGCAGUCAGCCCGUCUUCUUCGGCAGCACCAUGAAAGAGAUUGAGGGAAAACCAGAAGCCCCAUAAUCCCUCCUAAUUCACAGGGUGAAGUUUUCUUGAGUUUUGAUAGCCCACCAUGCAUUUAUCUCUAACAAUGGAUACCAUGUGGAGGGAUUUCCUUAAAGGCAUGCUGAAACCAGUUGCUGCUACAACUGUGGUUCUAAUGGCGGUUGUGCUUUCAUACUUUCAGAAGCUGGGUUUAGAGGGAGAGAUGGUGUACGCCAUUCUCAGGGCUUUUCUUCAGCUCUCUGUUAUUGGGUUUGUGUUGCAGUUCAUCUUUACUCAGGAGAACGCUGGAUGGAUAAUGGCGGCUUACCUGUUCAUGGUCUCUGUCGCUGGUUACACAGCCGGUCAGCGAGCAAAGCACGUCCCUCACGGGAAGUAUGUGGCUGGUGCUUCCAUUUUGGCUGGAACAGCAAUUACCAUGUUCCUGCUUGUUUUACUAAAUGUUUUCCCCUUUACCCCACGAUACAUUAUACCUGUUGCUGGAAUGAUGGUUGGGAAUGCCAUGACUGUGACUGGGGUCACCAUGAAAAGGCUUCGAGAUGACAUCAAGAUCCAAAAGAACCUGGUGGAGACUGCUCUAGCUCUUGGAGCCACGCCACGCCAAGCUACAAUACAACAGGUGAGGAGGGCUCUGAUACUUGCACUCUCCCCAGUUUUGGACAAUGCCAAGACAGUAGGGCUCAUUUCUCUUCCCGGGGCCAUGACUGGGCUUAUAAUGGGGGGUGCCUCCCCGUUGGAGGCCAUACAGUUACAAAUUGUUGUUAUGAACAUGCUCAUUGGAGCAUCAACAGUGAGCAGCAUUAUGUCAACUUACCUCUCUUGGCCUGCCUUCUUUACCAAAGCUUAUCAGUUGGAAACCGUGGUCUUUGUUGCAGAAUAAGCUCUCAAUGUAAUAGACCUUGUGAUUCUCAGAUUCUAUGGUAGCUAUGUUUUCAUGCAUAUGUCACGGCUUUAGCAUUGUGGGAAUUCAUUUGAAGGCUGGUAUCCUAUAUGCAUAC